CGGUUGUUGACAAGAUGGCGGCCGCGGGCGCCUCGGCGGGAGGACGGGGCGGAGGGAGCGGCGGCGGCGGGCGGAGGAACGAGGCUCAUUCCUAGGGAGCCGGGCUCGCUGCCCGCCGGCCCCCCCCCCCCCGCCCCAGCGGCCGCCUCGCCCCCUCCCCGGCACCAUGUCGUUCUUCAGGCGGAAAGGCCGGGGGGCGGCGGGCGGGAGGCCCGGGCCUGAGGGGCGGCUGCCGCCCUCCUCUCCCGCCCGGCAGCUCAGCGCGGCCCCGCCGGGCACGGCCGCCCGGGAGGAAGCUCGGCCCGUGAGGAGCGGGCUCCUCGCAGACGACGUGAAAGGCAAAGAACAAGAAAAGCCCACAGAUGUGAAAGCAAUUAAAACUCCAGUACCAGUACAUUCCCCUCAAAGAAGCACUAGAAAUCAUGCCUUGCUGGAGGCUGCAGGACCAAGCCAUGUGGCAAUCAAUGCCAUCUCUGCCAACAUGGACUCAUUUUCCAGCAGUCGGACGGCUGCCCUCAAGAAGCAGCCAAGUCACAUGGAAGCUGCUCAUUUUGGAGACUUAGGCAGAUCCUGUCUGAAUUAUCAGGCUGAGGAGACCAAAUCAAGCCUUUCCAAGACCCUGGAACAAGUUCUGCAGGACAGUGUAGCCCUCCCUUAUUUUAUCCAGUUCAUGGAGCUGCGCAGGAUGGAACACUUGGUGAAGUUUUGGUUAGAGGCUGAAAGCUUCCACUCCACAACGUGGUCCCGCAUCAGAGCACACAGCCUGAACACCGUGAAGCAGAGCUCGUUGGCAGAGCCAGUGUCACCUUCCAAACAGCAGGAAAUGGCAUCCUCUUCUCCAACUGGAUUGCUUGAGGAGAGGCUGGAGGAUUCUAGCACAGUCCAUCUGCUCAGGACCAAGCCAGGGACUUCGGACAAGAAUAACAGGACUGGCCACAGCCAGAACCACGUGCUCUCGGGGCAGGAGAGUGACAAUACCAGUGUUCUUUGCCUAAGAAAAUCUGAGACAGGGACCCAUUCUGUUCCAGCUGAUCAGCAAGAAUCUUCCAAGCUUACAGGAUCAAAUAGAAACAGCCCCUCCUCUGCACUAAAAGACUUGUCAGGAAAACUAAUGAAAAGUAUAGAACGGGAUGCAGUUAGUACUUUUACCAAAUAUAUUUCUCCAGAUGCUGCUAAACCAAUACCUAUUACAGAAGCAAUGAGGAAUGACAUAGUUGCAAAGAUUUGUGGGGAAGAUGGACAAGUGGAUCCGAACUGUUUUGUCACAGCACAGUCAAUAGUGUUUAAUGCAAUGGAACAAGAGCACUUUAGUGAGUUUUUGAGAAGUCAUCAUUUCUGUAAAUACCAGAUCGAGGUGCUGACUAGUGGGACUGUUUAUCUGGCUGACAUACUUUUCUGUGAAUCAGCCCUCUUCUAUUUCUCUGAGUACAUGGAAAAGGAAGAUGCAGUUAAUGUGUUGCAGUUCUGGUUGGCAGCAGAUAACUUCCAGUCUCAACUUGCUGCCAAAAAAGGCCAGUAUGAUGGGCAAGAAGCACAGAAUGAUGCCAUGAUUUUAUAUGACAAGUACUUCUCCCUUCAAGCCACCCACCCUCUUGGGUUUGACGACUCAGUGAGGCUGGAGAUUGAAUCCAACAUCUGCAGGGAAGGUGGUCCUCUCCCCAACUGUUUCACUACCCCCUUGCGGCAGGCGUGGACCACCAUGGAGACGGUUUUUUUACCUGGCUUCUUGUCCAGCAACCUUUACUACAAAUACUUGAAUGAUCUCAUCCAUUCAGUACGAGGAGAUGAAUUUCCAGGAGGGAAUAUUGCACUGAGUAUUCAUGGCCCCAGUAGCUCUCCAGACAGCGAUUCCAUUGGGGGCCAGGAUGGCUCUGCCUCCCAGUCCAAUGUCAAAAAGGCUAAUAUUAAAAUCCUGAAAAAUUUUGAUGAAGCAAUAAUUGUAGAUGCUGCAAGUCUGGAUCCAGAAUCUUUGUAUCAACGAACAUAUGCAGGGAGGAUGACAUUUGGACGAGUCAGUGACCUGGGACAGUUUAUCAGAGAAUCUGAACCAGAGCCUGAUGUCAAAAAAUCAAAAGGGUCCAUGUUUUCACAAGCAAUGAAGAAAUGGGUUCAAGGAAACACAGAUGAGGCUCAGGAGGAGAUGGCCUGGAGGAUCGCGAAGAUGAUCGUCAACGACGUGAUGCAGCAGGCGCAGUGUGAGCAGCCCUGGGAGAGGGCAACCAAGCUAUGAUUUUAGAAACACCAGAACAGGAAAUCUGGUUUUCUGCUUCGAGAAUGAGUGAACUUUCCCUCUUGGUGGAUUCUUUAACACAGCCAAUAAAAACAAAGCACUGUUACUCCAACCACUGAGAUCUCCCUUCUUUGUAAGAAAGAAUGGAAAGGAAGCAAUCCUGUCCCUACACUGCAGAGCAUGAAGAAACACUUUCCCUGCUGCAUGUGGCAUUCACAAUGAUGAUGGUUUUUAAAGAGAUGAAGAUACAGUUCAUGGAUGUGUCACUGAGAAACUGUGAUUGACUUCACAGAUCCCUGACCCUGUCUCAAAAAGACUUUUAAGCAAAAUAUCUGGAACAGGACACAAGCCACAACAAAGAGGGGAAGGUUUUGCUGUAGUUUCUAGUUCUACUGCUUGUAAUUUUUAGACACAAAAUUGAAAAGGCUGUGGGGAACGUCCCCCACGUUGGCCCUUUGGGAAGUUAAUGUGAAAGGGUGGAUUCAUGGGCAGUGAGUGACCUGACGAAGUUCUAGGUUUUAUUUUUCCUUACUUGAAAUAGAUGCGUAUUCAACUGUAAGAUAAAUGUGUUUUCCUUCAUAACUACAUUAACUCUGAAGGCAGCACAGAGUGAUCAGGAGUGAGGCCUGGGCACUGGGGCUCUCCCUGUUGAGCUCUUACAGCUGCAGACACAAGCCCUGCUCCCAGCACAGAGCAGACUGGGAAGCUGAUGUGCACUGGUGCAUCCCUCUGCUCCCAAGCCCCAGCUCCCCCUGCAGCCCACCUGCUGAGGAGGUUGUACCCUCUAGACUGCUCCAUUUUUCUUUCCUCUCCAUCCCAUGAGCAAGGAAAAAGUAAUUGCUGCCAUUCUCCAUUGCUUGUUGUCCUCCAACCAACAUAGUAUCUAAUUCCAGGUGUUUGGUUUACAAAGAAAAAUAAUUUUUAAUUACCUCUGUCCCUUUCCCUGAUGUCAACACUUGCAAAAACCCUUAGUUUAAAUAAAGAAAAAAAAAAAAGCCACCAUGUCACACAGCACCUCUAUUUUAUUUUUUCCAGUGAAUUGAUUUUUGCAGGAUCUCAGAAGUACCUGGUGUGUCCCUGUUAUGUUAUGGCUGCAUCCCUAGUAUGCAACACUUCUAUUUGGGGUUUUUUAUUAUACUCCUAUGAUUGCUUUUUCCUCAAACUUGUGCAAAAAAAAAAAAAAAAUCACUUUGCAAAGAACUUAAAUCAUCUCCAAUGUUGAAAAUAUCUUGAUUGACUAACAAGUGUUUUUCUGUUGCAAUAUUUGAUUGUAUAGAGACACUCUUGUCUGCAAAAAAAGGCUGUGUGUAGUUUUUUGGUACUAUGUACCACCUCUUAUUUCUCUCAUGCCCAAGUAUUCAUGUACUUAAAACAUACUCUAUUUAAUUGUGUUUUGAUUUAAAAUAUAUAAAUAUUAAAAUUUGUGUCAGUUUUCUGUUUUAAGGGGA